AUGCCGAGUACCUCAAAACAACCUACUAAUAUAAAGCCUUCCCUGACCACAAGUGGUAAAAGUAGUCAAGAAGGCAAGCCGGAUCUCAUAUCGGUCACUGGACAUAUAACAUCACCCGGCGGCAGGCCCAAGUUCAUACCAGGGCAAUCUACUAGCUUUCCGGGAGGAAACACACUGUCACCAACUCCGAAUCCUACUUCUGAACCACCCUUAAAUUCUAGUGACAAAACCACAUUCUUUGCAAACUCUAUUCCACUGACUCAACAUCCACUAUACGCUAAAGUUAAGACCCUCCACGACUCUUUACACCCGUUCCUAUGCCACGAUUGGGAGUCAAACGAUACGUACAAUCUCACUAGCCUUAAAUAUUAUAACGUCUUACUGCAUUUCAACCCCAACACAAAGGCACGUCCAACUAAACUCAAGAAAAUCUUGAUCGACAUGUUCAAGACGGAAUUGCUACCUCAGCUUGCACCUUUCUGCAUUCCGCCACCAGCUCCGCUCUCAUCUCAAAUGGAAACCGACCAAGAAGAUAUAGACUUUGAUCCACUCGACCGCCGAACCACUGUUGCAAUGCUCUCUGACGCAAUCAGAUCUCAAAGCUCUCGAGUUAGUAUAUCUUCUGUUGCAUUAAAGGACGAGGUUUUAGCUCUCUACAAGCAUUAUGUCAACCCGUAUCUCGCAGGUCUCAAGAAAAGCACAUACACUAGAAAGCCCAACAUUGUUUCAUCAAACAGGCUUGACAAACUUACUACUCAUCAAAUAAGACACGCGCUACAAGCUCACCACCCCGAGGUAUUUGUCAACUGCCCAGUCUUGAAAAUAUCACAUUAUAAAGCUUUGUACCGUAAAUUUGUAAUGGACGAACCCAAACUUGCAAAAGAAGAAGAUUUGGUUGAAGGGUAUCACUACUGGAUAAUUGCAGACCUGGUCCAAGAAGACGAAACAGAUAAGUAA